AUGGCUUUCCUCGCAGUAGCUCUUCUAUCUGUCAUUGCUCACCUGGCUUUGGGUCAAGGUUUUGGACAGAGCAAUACAGGUGUUGGUCAAGCUAAUGCAGGAUUUGGUUUGGGUCAGGCAGGAGGGUCUUGGGGUCAAGCUGGAUUUGGAGUUGGUGGAAUUGGCGUUGGUGGAUUUGGUACCCAUGGACGCGGGAUUGGUGGAGCAGGUUGGGGUCAACUUGGUCGAUCUCGCAGUGGUUUGUCUGGAUCUGCCGUUCUGAGGACUACAACCGCAUCAGGAACCUACAACCUCGUAAUCACUGAAAGGUCACGUGUGGAGGCUGGGUGUACUUCUGAUGGACUCGGACCUGUUAUUGGAAGCAACGUUUGGGGCCAACGUCAAGGUCUUGGUCAAGGAUGGGGUCAAGGUCUUGGUCAACAGUGGGGACAUGGUCUUGGUCAACAGUGGGGUCAAGGUCUUGGUCAGCAGUGGGGUCAGCCAUGGGGACAGCAGUGGGGACAAGGUUCAUGGGGCACCGGAACGACCACCACCCCCGGAGUUGUCAGCUCUGUCACCCUCACUACCAACCAGGAGACCAUCGUUGACUUGGGUACUGCCAACCUGCCGUUCAGAGAGCUCGAGAGAUAUGGAGGACGUGGGCUGGCUGUGUGUUCAUCCUUGACCACUGGUACAGAUGGACGUCAAGUGUGUAUGGAGCCUAUCCUGGCCUGCUGCAAGUUGGGUUUCGACAGCAUAGACGCUGUUACACCAACACCUCCAUAG